CUCGCAGAUUGUUGGGGCUGGGGAGAGCUGGACAAGCAUGGUCAAGCUUGGCUACAACCUCAAGAAGACAGCCAGCAUCUACCAGCAUUGCGAGAAGAAGCUCCGCAAGCUGACCAAAGAGUGGAUAAAGAUGGGGGGCAGCUUCAAGGUGCCCGAGAGCAUGCACGGGUCCGACGAGGACAGUGAUUCGGGCAGCGAAGACGACGACAACGACGAUCGAGGCUCCUCGGUAAGGGAGUUAUAACACCUAUAUCUACAUAGGCUGUGUGAAAGCAAGCUCUCUAUCUAGUACGUUGUUGAUAUAUAGAAAGGAAAGAGCAGCAACCUGUCCAAGAGCCGCAGCCUGGCGGAGAGGCUGGCAGACCUGGACAUGAGCAGCAGCUCUGGCGACAGGAUCGACAACGCCCGGCUGGACAUAAAGCAGCUGGACGCUCUAGGGAAUGACCAGCGGAUGGUCCUGGACACGAGGAAAGGGAUCCAAGAGGACUACGAGCUGUCAUCCCUGCGGAUAGGCCUCGAGUUCGGGAUCGGGGCCUUCAACCUCGUUGUCUCGCUCAUUCCCGCUUCGUUCCAAAAGGCCACGGAGGUGAUGGGCCUGCCGGGUGACAGGAACAAAGGCCUCAGGUUGUUGCAAAAGGCUGCCGCCACAAACCAUCCCAGAGCGCCGAUCUCCUUCGUCAUGCUACUGCAAUACCACACGGUUAUCAUGGGCCUCUUGCCAUAUGGAGACCAGCAUGGAAAGGAGGCCAAGCAGCUGCUGGACAAGGUGCAGGCCCAGUGGAAGAACGGGUCCAUCUUCAGGAUAAUGCUGUCCCGCUACGAGCGAUAUGAGGGAAUGCUUUCCAAGUCACUCGACACCCUCGUCCGAAACUCCAAGACGGAUCCCUACGACAUAAGCAACCGUGGCUGCAACCAGAGGCUGAGGAACUUUAUGAUAGACGAGCUGGGUUGGUGCUACCUUCUGCAAGGGGAAUUCGACAAGGCCGCGGAGCAAUUUGGCAAACUGUUCAAGGACACCGUGUGGUUCAAGCCAUUCUACGCCUGCCUGCAGGCGGCCUGCCUGUGGGAGGCCGGCGACAAGCAGCACGAGGCCGCAAGCAGCGUCCUCCGUGAGCUCCCGCAGCUUGUGGCGGGCAAGAAGCAGACGGGGCCGCUCGAGCAGUACGGCCUCCGGAUGGCUAACGAGUUUGUGGCCAGCAGCCAGGCUCCCCUCUUCCCAGCACUGGAGCUGGCAGCCGUGUACAAUGGGUUCCAACACAUGGACAAACCAUCGCUUGAGCGGCACAUGGACGCCAUUGAAGACGUUCAGAAGAAGCCACAGCAGAGUGGGGAGGGGACGUCCAAGGCUGGCGGCCAUGGCACGUUCGAAAUCCGGUGGAACAAUACAAGCAAGCUGCUGUGCAGGUUCUUGCUGGGCCACUGCCACAAGGCCCUGGGGGACAAGCACAAAGCGCAGGACUGCUUCCGCCACGUAGUGAAGAACUCUGAAAACGUUCCCGGCAACUUUGUUCCCUACAGCUGCUACGAGCUGGCUGCCCUGCUGCUGCAAGACGACAUCAACUCCCAGGAGGGGCUGAGCCUGCUGGACAAGGCGGUGGCGUUUCCCCCUCAUGAGUUCCAGCCCAGGCUCAAGUUCGUGGUGAGCGAGAUGACCAAAAUCUACCGGCCUCUUAACAAAUGAGAUGUGUAUCCCCGAGUGUGAUAUAAAGGCCAUGCGCCACGUGGCCGCUGGUGGUGCCCUA